CCGACUCAGCCCAACUCGCCCCUCCAUAACUCAGUCUCUUCCUAAUCUCCUUCAAACUUGAAAGUGUGUGUCAUACAAACCAAGAGACCAUCCUGCUUGAUAUAUAGAAUUGUUCAAGUAAGUGACUUUGAUUUUUGAUUUGAUUUGAUUUGAAAAAUAACUCUCUGGCCUCCAUUUUCUUUUUGCUUGUCUAUGCUGCUAGAAUAUAUGCGCCCGACUUCGAGGGUAUUACUGGGUCGUUUUCGUGUUUGAAUUUCCUUUCCUGAUUCUAGAUUGAAAAGUAUAACUAAGAAGAGAGAGAGAGAGAGAGAGAGAGAUGGGUCAAGUGUUUUAGGUGGGAAAUAUGAGAGGGGAUGGAUUUUCAAUGGUAUUAAUGCCAAUUUCCAAGCUUGAUGGUUGCUAUGCCUUUUCCACGAAGAAUCCUCUAAUGGGUAGCAAUUAGAAUUUAGAGGAGUUUAUUUUUCAAAACCGAGAUGUUGGGUGAGGAAGAAGAGUGUGGGCUUGCCGCCGGAAAUACUACCCGGAAAAGUUAUCUCCGGUCCAUGUCAUGGAGUGACCGUUCACCUUCCAAACCUAAUCCUUAUCCAAAGCCUCAGCUCAAUAGUAAAGCAAGGUCUUGCUUGCCUCCACUUCAGCCUCUUUCAAUAGCCAAGAGUAAUGUUAAGGAGUGGCCAAAGCCGGGUUCUGAUGAUCUUGGUGUUUGGCCUCAGCCCCAAACCCCUAGAGGGUCGGUUAAACCCUUUCCGGGUUCGAAUCCCCAACUGCCUGGGAGAGAGUUCGAGUUUAAGAAAGAUAAGCUUGCUUUUUUUGAUAAAGAGUGCUCCAGAAUUGCAGAGCAUAUAUACUUGGGGAGUGAUGCUGUGGCUAAGAACCGUGAGGUUUUGAGGAAGAAUGGGAUCACCCAUGUGCUCAACUGUGUUGGGUUUGUGUCUCCUGAGUAUUUCAAGAAUGAUCUUGUGUACAAGACGCUCUGGUUGAAAGAUAGCCCCUCGGAGGACAUUACGAGCAUUCUGUAUGAUGUGUUUGAUUAUUUUGAAGAUGUGAGGAAGCAAAGUGGGAGAGUUCUUGUGCAUUGUUGUCAGGGAGUGUCGCGGUCAACGGCUCUGGUGAUUGCAUACCUUAUGUGGAGGGAGGGCCAGAGCUUUGAAGAUGCAUUUCAGUAUGUCAAGGCAGCAAGAGGGGUGACAAACCCGAAUAUGGGUUUUGCUUGUCAACUUCUGCAGUGCCAGAAGCGGGUGCAUGCUGUGCCUGCAAGCCCCAGUUCUGUGUUAAGGAUGUACAGGAUGGCCCCGCAUUCACCGUAUGAUCCUCUUCAUCUGGUGCCAAAGAUGUUAAACCAUCCAGGUCCACAAGGACUUGACUCUCGUGGUGCGUUUGUUGUGCAUGUUCCAUCUGCUAUAUAUGUCUGGAUUGGAAAGGAUUGCAACACAAUGAUGUCAGACAACGCAAGAGCUGCUGCCCUUCAGGUCAUCCAGUAUGAGAGGGCAAAGGGUCCAAUUGUGGGCAUCAAUGAAGGCAAGGAGCCACCAGAAUUUUGGGACGCUCUUUCCAGUGGUCUUUCAGCAGAGGAUUGCGGCAAGGGAGAUGUCCAAAUGGAAGAAACUUUUUCUUCUGGAGGCGAUAAGGUUGCUGCACUGGCUUGUAUUCCGGUGGGUGAAAGAAAGGUUGGUGAAUAUGAUUUGGAUUUCGAAAUUGUCAGUAAGGCACUUGCAGGUGGGGUUGUUCCACCAUUUUCAGUAUCAAACACUGAGUCGGAAACUUGCCUUCCGGCCAGAGAAAAUGGAUGGGGCAGAUUGCGGCAAAAGUUUGCUAGUGGAAUUAUGAAGGAUUUGGUCACAUCUUCUGAGCUGAACUGUAAAACUACCCCAUCCAGUGAUGGAUUGGAUAUGGUUGUGGAAGUUAACAAAGAAGCAGAAGACCCUGUUUCCUUGAUUGAGCCUUUAUCACCAUUGUCAGCGCCAAGCCACUUUUGUGGUUCACCAGAUUCCUUUGAGUGUUAUCCAAUUAGUAGCCCAAGUAGGAUAAGAGAUACAUGUCGGGAAGUAGGACACUCUGUUGCUCUUACCAAUCCAUUAUCGUUUCCGACAACUGACUGUGGGUCACCCGAUUCUUGUUCUGGGUUUCCUGAUAACAAUCUUAAGUUUAGCUCAAAAUCCCCAACACUCUCCCCUUCAACCUCUGAAUACUCUAAUUCAUCAUUUACCUUUUCACCCUCAUCUUCUAAUUGGUCGGACUUGUCAUACUUGUCUUCUCAACAGCCUUCACCUUCAGGCUUGGAUUCUGCAGAUCCAUUAUGUAUUAAGCAUAGUUCCAUAGCCGAUAGCUCACAGUUACCUUUUAAAGAAUCUCUUUCUUCACCUAGAGAGGCAUUUUCAGCUAAUCGUACUUUGGAAGUAACAAAUACAUGUUCGACAUGUAAAGGGAUUUCCCCUUCUAUUGCAGAGCGUAGAGGCAGUAAACCUCCACCUCUAAUGUUGCUACCCUCAGUUGAAGAAUCACCUAAAGUUUCGAGGAAUUUGGUACGCUCAUGGUCGUUUUCCUUACCUGACUUGGAUGAUGAUCUGAUGGACACUGAUUGCAACCAAGCCGAAAAUGUGAGCAACAGAGAAGAGCUAAUGUUGGAUGUUGACAUUGGUAACCCUGAAAAUGAAUUACAAUCUGAAGCGACCAGGGAAGCUGCAGAGGUGAUUAACCCUGUUUUGUACCAGUGGCCUUCUUUGAACAAAGUGGUGAUGCAUCAGUCUGCCAAACUUCAUUCUAGAUCAGCAUAUCUUUUGCUAGCUCCAGAUGCGACUGUGGGUGCAAAUAAACCUGGUGUCUUAUUUGUCUGGUUGGGACGUGAUAUUUUGCAUGAGAAAGGACAGAAUGCAACAUUUGAGGAUAGCCAUCUUCACUGGGAGACCAUAGGACGCUGUUUCCUUGAGCAUAUGGGUUUGCCUAUGAGUGCCCCUGUAAAGAUAGUAAGAGAAGGUGAGGAGCCAGAGCAGUUCCUGAUCCAUCUCAGCUGUAAAUCAAUACAGAACACAUAAAAAGACAGACAUGAAUAAGACAGAAUUAGAAGGUCAGAGCUUUACAUAGGAUUUGGGUUCAUGGUCUUUCAAGCAUACUGGAAUGGUGGGAUGGAUCAGUUGCAGAUUGAAAAGUCGGGUUGGCAUCCCGGGCAGUUCAAGUGUUUCAUAUAUGCUUGUGUGAUGUAUGGAGGGGUACAGAAAAUAUGUACAGAGGACAAGUAUGCUUUAUGUAGAUAGGUUUUUAUUAGUAAAAUUUUGUUUUCCGGGCAGACAAAUUAUCAGUUGAAAUAAGUGUAUCAAGUAUAUAUACUUACCCGUCCAACAUCGAAGGUGUUGCCUUUUAGGGUGAAAUGAAAAGCUUAUUUGAUUUUAUGCA